AUGUGCUCAAGCGUGAUUUGCGUAAUUGACAAACAAAAAGCUGGAAAUCUAUUGGGUAUCGACACCGCAAAACAAUUGAAACUAGUAACAAUCGCUAAUGAAAUUUCAACCAAUGAGAAAAUUCGAAAUCAUCAUACCGAAAAUCAAAACGUAGUACCGAAUAUACCGCAAGAAAUAAAAACUUUGAUAAACGACUUUAAUGAAUGUUUUCAUGGUACCGGAACGAUGAAAGAUUACGAAUGCAAACUACAUGUCAAACCGGAUGUUCAGCCGAUUUAUCAAAGAAUGAGGAGCUAUCAUAUACAUCUUCAAAAACAAAUAGACAGUGAAAUUAUACGUUUAGAGGAAGCUGGAAUUAUCGAGUCUGUGGAAAGACCGCAAGAAUGGGUUUCAAAUUUAGUAGCCACACCCAAAUCAUACAACUCAGUACGACUAUGCUUAGAUGCUCGCAGCAUCAACACUGCGAUACAAAGAGAAACGCAUCCAAUACCGACCCUCGAAUCUAUACUUGAUGGCAUGCAUGGGAGUAAAAUUUUUAGUAAAAUAGAUAUGAAAGAAGCACACACACAAAUAAUGCUUGAGGAAGAAUCGAGAAAACUGACAAAUUUUCACACGUCUUUCGGCAUUAAAAGAUUUAAAAGAUUGUGCUAUGGAUUAAACAAUGCUUUUGAAGUAUUUCAAAGAUCAUUGGAUCAAACCAUUGGUAAAUUACGUAAUGUGAAGUGCAUUUCGGACGAUACUAUUGUUUACAACAAAAAUUAUGCCGAACAUUUAGAAACUUUAAAAGAUUUAUUUACAAAAAUAAAAGAGCUAGGACUGCGUUAA